AUGCGCUUCGGUUCCUUCGUCUUUCCCGUCAGCCACCAACCCGAGAACGACUCGGCCGUCAUCGACAGCACCCUCGACGAGAUCGUGCUCGCCGAGCAGAUCGGCAUGCACUCGGUUUGGCUAACCGAGCACCAUUUCGACGGCGCGGCCGCUCACGCGGACCCGCUGGUGCUGGCCGCCGCCGUGGCCUCCCGGACCGCCCACCUCAAGAUCGGUUUUGCCGUCAUCGAACUGGCUUUCCAUCAUCCCGUGCGCCUGGCAGUACAGACCUCCCUGCUGGACAACUUGAGCCACGGCAGACUCAUCGUCGGCACCGGCCGCGGGUCCGCCUACAACCACUACGAGUACAUCGGGUUCGGCAUCACCAUGGAGGACGGACUGGCGCGCCUGGACGAAGCCGAGGAUCUGCUGGUCAAGGCGUGGACCGGCGAACCAUUGCAGCACGAAGGCGAGCACUGGGACCUGGAGUUCCCGCUGCUGAGACCGCGCCCAUUUCAGCAACCCCAUCCGCCGCUGAUCCGCGCCUGCAUCAGCGAGGCAUCGGCGGUGAGGAUGGCCGAAAUCGGACGCCCGGUGAUGAUCGGCAUCCAGACCCUGCCGACGCUGCAGGCGCGCCUGGAACGUUACCGCGCCACCAUGCUCGAUUCGGGUUUCACCGAGGAACAGACCGAAGCCACCCUGGACCAGUGUUGGGCGUCCCGCGACCUCUUCAUCGCCGACAGUUACGACGAGGCCCACGAGAUCGCGGCCGCAGGUUUCGAGCGCGAGCGCACCCACUUCCGCCGCGCCCGCGAACUUUACAACCCCGGGGGGUUCCCUCCUCCCGAUCCCAACCGUCCCAUCCCCGCCGGAGAGAGCCUGGAGCAUUCCUUCAUCAUGGGCACACCGUCCCAGGUGGCGGAGCAGGUGGCGGCCAUGCGGGACAUCGGCAUACGCAACCUGAUGCUCAAGCUCAACGUCGGCGAGAUGGACACCCACAAGGUGCAGAAAUCCAUGCGGAUGCUCGGCGAGAAGGUGAUGCCCCACUUCGCCUAG